AACUGAAAGUGAAGCUGCCAAAUAUAUCCCCUCAAAUUACCCAGAAAUUCUGCGCGCGCCCCACCACUGCCGGCGAUGAGCACCGCCAAGGGAAACCCGCCGUCGCCGGACCCCGCGGCCGUGGAGGAGAUGGCGCGGGACGCGACAGCGUGGUGCGCGAUGCACGGACUCGUCGUAGGGGACCGAGCUGAGCAGAGAUCAGGAACAGUUCCUGGAGUUGGCUUGGUCCAUGCUCCAAUCUCCCUGCUCCCGGCGCGUCUCCCGGAAUCUUUCUGGAGUCAGGCGUGCGAGUUGGCUCCCAUUUUCAACGAGCUUGUGGAUCGUGUUAGCUUGGAUGGAGAUUUCCUACAGGAUUCCUUGUCCAAAACAAGGCAGGUCGAUGAUUUCACUUCCAGGCUCUUAGAGAUUCACAGGAAGAUGAUGGAUAUAAACAAGGAGGAGAAUAUUCGACUAGGGUUGCAUCGAUCAGAUUAUAUGCUGGAUUCAGAAACCAAUUCUCUUCUUCAAAUAGAGAUGAAUACUAUCUCAGUAUCCUUUCCAGGGCUUUGUUCCUUAGUGACUAAGCUUCACAGAGUCUUGAUUAAUCAGUAUGGAAAUUUAUUAUGUCUAGACUCCAAAAGGAUUCCUGAAAAUGUGGCAAGCCAGCAAUUUGCAGAAGCAUUGUCCAGAGCAUGGGAUGAGUUUAACGUUGACAGUGCUGUAGUUAUGAUGAUUGUUCAGCCCGAAGAAAGAAAUAUGUAUGACCAAUACUGGAUUGUCAAAUACUUGAAGGAAUCACAUGGCGUAACCACUAUUAGGAAAACUUUGUCAGAGGUGGAGGCUGAAAGCCAGGUCCUCCCAGAUGGAACUCUUGUGGUAGAUGGCAGGACGGUUGCUGUGGUGUAUUUUAGAGCUGGCUAUACACCAAAUGAUUAUCCUUCAGAAGCAGAAUGGAGUGCAAGGCUCUUGAUGGAACAAUCAUCUGCUGUAAAGUGUCCUUCAAUAUCAUACCAUUUAGUGGGGACCAAGAAGAUUCAACAAGAACUAGCAAAACCUAAUGUGCUUGAAAGGUUUCUUGAAAAUAAGGAGGAAAUAGCGAAGCUUCGUCAAUGCUUUGCAGGGCUAUGGAGCUUGGAUGAUGAAGAGAUUGUGAAAUCUGCAAUUGAAACACCUGACUUGUUUGUUUUGAAGCCUCAACGCGAAGGCGGAGGGAACAACAUAUACGGUCUUGAUGUGCGAGAGACUCUGAUCAGACUCCAGAAGGAAGGAGGAGAUGCUCUCUCAGCCUACAUAUUGAUGCAAAGAAUCUUUCCAAAAGCUUCUCUUGCUAAUCUGGUCCGUGGUGGUGUUUCCCAUGAGGCCCUCACAAUAUCUGAACUUGGCAUAUAUGGAGCCUACUUACGCAACAAAGAUAAGGUGGUCAUGAAUGACCAGUGUGGUUACUUGAUGCGGACAAAAGUUUCUUCAUCAGACGAAGGUGGUGUUGCUGCAGGAUUUGCUGUUUUGGAUAGUUUAUACCUGACCGACAAGUGAGAUAACAAAAGGAACACCAGCUAUAAAUUCAGCAGGCAUUGACCUAUUAUGGAUUUAACAUUCUGUUGCAUCACCGAGAUCAACAAAGUAGCUGCGCAGUUUGCUGACAGCUACCAGUGUCAAUUAUUACAUACACCACAAUACAAGGGGCAAACAAUAAUUAUGGUAUGUGUAGAUUACCUGUGUAUGUACAAAGUAGUAAUUCUUGAGAAGAAACUGAUCACGGAAUGUUGACUAGUAUUAUUUCUUCUGGUUUAUGAAUCACUAUGCCCUGAAUUCAAACUCAAAGCCGUUGUGCUGCCAACUGUAUAUUAGGGAGGAAGUGGUUCUUUCUGAAUUUUUGUAUUGUGUUCCUCUUCUAUU